GCCAGAAUACUGUAUGUGUGUAGUUAUUAGCACUUUUGUGGUAUUUACAUAUGGUUUACGUUUUGAGUGUGAAUAUUUGUUUUCUGUGCGCAUAUCUUACAUUAUAUGAGCAUUCUAUAUCGUUGUUUUGAAAUCAAUUCGCAGAUAUCGGUGAACAGAAAUUGCUUACAUUUGCAGGCAUUACAGUAUAUAUUUCUUGUCAUCAAACCAACGUCGUAUUUAUCUGGUAUAUCUGCAGAUGAUUGGAAGUGAAAAGAACUAUGGAUAAAUUAUGGAUUACCAUUAGAUUUCUUUUAUUAUUAUCAAUUGAUAAUAGUUUCGCUAUUUUGAAAAAUUGUAAAGAUUUUCCCGGAGAUAUCAGUAAUUACCAGAUUGACGUGCAUGACGCUUACGACAAAGACCUUGAACUUUUAGACAGUUGUGUGGAUAGGGAACCCCUAAUCUUCAGAGUGUCAGUUCAAGAAAGUAACAUUACUUUAAUGGCCCUGGUAUCAUCAUUGCCGGAAAGAGUAAGAAAAACUACUAGUGUAUUAAUUGUAAACAAAUGUGAUUUUAAGAGAAUUCCAAGUAGAGUCUUGACAAACAUGACAAAUGUCCAUAUCAUAAAUUUUGCAAACAACACAAUCACUGACUUGGAAGAUAAUUCAUUUCAGAAUAUGCUGAAAGUUACUUCGAUAAAUUUAUCUUACAACAACCUGACCAGAAUAACCUCCAAUGCAUUCAACAAUCUACCCUCCUUGGUGGAACUUUCUCUUGAGAGCAAUGGAUUAAUCUUCAUAUCUUCAAAUGCUUUUUUAAUGUUACCCAAACUCGAUGUUUUAUACUUUGAUCACAAUAACCUCCAGGACAUCCCGUAUAAAACCUUUAGAAAUUCUCCAAUAAAAUAUUGGCAUCUUGCAUACAACAACAUCACCAUGAUUUCCUCCAAAAUUGAGCAUUUUCCUCACAUCAACAGUCUCGAUAUAAGACACAACAGAUUGAAGAGUAUAAGCCAGAAGUUAUCUGUCUUGCAUAACCUAAGAGAACUACAUAUAUGUGGAAACCAGCUGACAACUUUACCAUGGCAAAUAUCGAGUCUGCUGAAGAACAACAGAACGUUUCAUAUGGUGUUAGGGGAUAAUCCAUGGCACUGCGAUUGUGAUCUUAUCUGGUUAAUAUCAUUCAGUCAGAAGGGAUCGUUUUCAGAAAAUCUGAAUUGCACAACACCAGAAAACAUUGGCAUGAAUGAAUUUAACGUGAAUGACAUUGAAUGUAUUCAGGGUGUAGUUAAUCGAGAAGGAAUUAUUUGGUAUAGACUUGUAGCUAUAGUUUUGCCAGCUUUACUGGUUCUGUUUGGAUUCAUCAUCGGUGUUUUACUGUAUUUCUGCAAGAACAGAACUAAAAAACUGAAGAAACCAAUACAAAUGAUAUUGAAUGGUCAGUAUUACAGACCAAGAUCUGUUGCAGACACUGCCGAAGUUAGCAUUUCUACGAGUACUUUACAAAAUAUUAUUGGACCAAAUGACAAUGAGAUCAAGUUGUGUGGAACACUUCGUCUCGGUAAACUUAUCGGUAGAGGGGCUUUUGGUAAUGUUUUUGAAGGAUUUGUAGCGGAUGCUGACUCCAAAUGGAAGAAAGUUGCUGUAAAACAGAUAAGAGAAAAUGCAAAGACAGACGACACAGAAACAUUUUCAACAGAAUAUAGAACGUUAAUUAGCAUAGGAAACCAUCCAAAUAUUAUACAGAUUUUUGGAACAGGAGAAAUAGAUGGAUCUUUGAUAAUGGUUUUAGAGUUUGCAGACAACGGCGACUUACUCGCUCAUCUUAAAUGGUUAGAUCAGAUAAAUUCUAAAGUUAUACAGAACCUCGACUCUUCUGAGUGGAAGGCAUAUUUACAGAACACACAGCCCCGUUUGUUUCUUUAUAUGUGGCACAUAGCAAAGGGUAUGGAGUUUCUAUCGAGAUUAAAGAUUGUCCAUCGAGACCUUGCCGGAAGAAAUAUUCUUCUGUCAUCUGAUUAUGUAGCGAAGAUAUCAGACUUUGGUUUGUCACGAGAUGUCCAUGAGAAUGGCUACUAUUAUCAAAAUUCAAACGGAAGAAUGCCGUAUAAAUGGAUGAGUCCCGAAUCGUUAUCCAGUGGGAGAUACACCUGUAAAAGUGAUAUUUGGUCGUUUGGCAUCUUAUUAUGGGAAAUCGUGACUCUAGGAGCCGGUCCUUACCCUGGAAUACCACCGGAUUUGCUACUUGAUAUGUACAGGAAUAAUUACAUCAUGCCCCCACCUCCACUUUGCCCAGAUUAUAUAUACAGUAUAAUGGAACAUUGUUGGAACUUUCUGCCGGAGAAUAGACCAGGAUUUGAAACCUUACUGGAAACAUUUGAUAAAUUGCUUCAAGCAGUUGCACAGAAGGAGUACAUGGAAAUAAGCACAGCGGACGCAGAAUAAAAAGACAUGCCUUUUAUACUGUUCUAGUAAAAUAUUUAUCCUUCGAGUGAGUGUAUAACAAAUGACAUAUCAUAAAGGAUAGGCUCUGUAAACAUGCAAUAACGUGCUAUAGCCAGGUUAUUAUACGUAUGCUGAGUAUUUGUCUUUUAGAGCCAUUAAUUGUGAAUGAUUGAAUUGACAAUUUAUUCACGUUUACGCAGUUUAAAUGUCUGAAGUGAGUAACAAAGUGUAAAUGAUAAGUGAACAAGUUCAAGUCAAAUUGAUUUUAAAUUUUGUCAGAAUUGUUUUUAUUUAUCUAGUCUGAUUUCAUAUUUCAUUCUAUUAACUAUUUCUAUAAUCAAGUAUUAGUCAGUCACCAUCAUUAUAGUCAAUCUGUUGAAAUAUAUAGGCCAUCUUGACACCGCAAAAAGUGAUCAUAUUGACACUUAUACAUUGACGAAACGACGACAGCUUAGGUCAAGUUAUAGCCUAAGUAACAGCUGACUAUAAAGACGAUUCAUACGAAAUUUAAAUGAAUUUUAUAUUAUUGGCGGCAAUUAUAUUUAUAAUAAGAUAUGAUUUAUCCGAGUGUUUAACAAUUGAUAUAGAGAGAUAACUAACGGGAUAUUAAAAAGUGGGAAAUCACGCAUAGGUUAUGAAUUAAUAUAAACUUAAUGUCAACAUUUUCAUUUGUUUAGCAAACACAACAAGCAUAGUCCAUGCAUUGGACUGAUUUAAAACUAAAAUAUAAUUAAACCACAGUGAGACUGAACGCGGACGAGGCAUUACAGCGACCUAACAUUACAGUUACAAGUGUCAGCUAUGGUGAGUAUAUAAAUCUGGACUGCAAAAAAAAACAAGAAAAA